GAUGGAGAAACAGGGAAGGAGAGAGAGGAAUUGACACACAUAGAGAAAGGGAUGCAGAGAGAGAUAGUAUGAAGCCUAGAGACAAGGACAAGCAAAAAUGGAGGGUCACAGAGGCAGGGAGAUAUAGGGACAGACAGAGGGAAGGGGACAAAGAAAUGGAAAGGUAUAGAGAAAGAGAAAGGGCGGAGAAAGAGAUUAAUAGACACAGAGACAAGGGUGCAGACAGACAAGAAGACAGAAGGAGAGAGAGCAAUAAUGAGAUGCAGGUAGAGAAUAUUAGAGAAAGGGUGCUAUACACAGAAGGAGAACGGGUCAGAGAGAGGGAAUGGUAUCCAGAGAGGUAUCCAGACAGAGACGAGGAAAGAUCGUACAGACAGAAAGAAAAACAGAGAUCCAGAAAGCUGGAAAAUACAGGAGAAAUGGAGCCAAGCACAGAGAGUGGGUCACAGAAGGAGAUGCAGACAACAGCACACAGCGGUGAAAAGUUGACCUCUGAGAGUGAGGGAGAGAGAGAGCAAAAACAGCAGGGUGGCAAAGAAUUGGGGAGUGACAGAGAGGAGGUAGAAGACAGCAUCACAGAAAGAGGUGGGGAUAGAGAAGCAGAGGGAGAGGGGGCGCUGCAGGAAGACAAAGAGGCAGAAAGAGGGAAGGAGAUACCAAAACAUAGACACAGACACAGACCCAGAAAGAUGUGGCUAGAACCACGGAGAGGGUUAGAGAAUUUGGAAGCGGAGAGACUUCCAGACAGAUACAGUGAGAACUAUAUAGAUAGAAAUUCAGAGGAGAGACACCGAAUUCAAGAGAGACAAGAAGAGAGUUCUACAGAAUAUGAAAGAAUGAAGCAUAAGGAAGGUGGGGACAUAUUCAGUGAGAAAGAGGGUGAGAGUGACAGAUACAUGCAGUCACAGACACCAUUUUACAGGGAUGGGGAGAUGGAGCCAGUGAGUGAUGAAGAGAGUGAGCAAAAUUGGCAGGAUGAGGAUGAGAGGUACAUGGAGCGGGAAAAUGAAACGGAUAGCAUAGAGGAUAGUGACAGAGAGGAGGUGGGAGAAGAAAACAGUGACAGCAGACACCUAGAAAGUGAUGGAGAAAGUGAGGAGGGAGCAGAGAGGGAAAGGGUGCUGUCAGGAGAGGAUGGAUUCAUAACUGUCUCUAGUGGUGGAGAAGGGGAAGAGGGAGAUGAGGAGGAUGAGUUUGAAGACUGCAAAGAAUUCUGGGAAGGUGAGGUUGCAUCUCGUGUAGCUGGAGAAGCUUCAGAGUGCCACAAGGCUGUUGGAGAGAAAGAGAGUGGUGGAGGGACGGAGAAGGAGGUAGAUGAAGAGCUGAAUGAAAAAGAUGUAGGUAAAAUAAGGAGAGAGAGUAAAGAAGUGGCAGAGGGAGAGGACACCAAAGAAGUAGAGAGCAGGAAGGGGAAGGAAUGGCGAGAUCAGGAAUACAGCUCAGAGGAAAGGGAAGCAAAAAGCACAGAGGUAGAGAUGGAGGGAGAAAGAUCAUCAGAUCCAAACGUGGAGGAGAAUGAGGCGGAGAGAACACGACCUACAGUGACAGUGUUUUGCGUCAUUGGAAGUACGCUUCCCAGAACACAACGCAAUCAGGGGGGAUUCCUUGACCAAAUGGAGAUGGAAGAAAGAGGUCAAAACGCGGGACAUGACGUUGGUGCAAGCAGCGAGGCCGCGCGGACUCUUCCCAUUGAUAUGCAGACUGGAGAUUCCAAUGACAGCGGUUGGGAGGAUGGUCUGAACGUUAAACGUGAGGAAUCAGGCAAGGUGACAGAGAUGGAAGCCGAGAGGGAAGAAAGUGUGGAUGACAUUUAUACCCUCGAAGAGAAUAGAGAGGACAGCCCAGGGAUUUGUGUUAAUGAUAUUCCCACACAGUUUAAUGAAAAUGCAACGACUGAGGUGGCUGAUACGUACUCCAGAAACGGAGAGAGUGGAGACAGUGGGAAUGUGAUGGCUGGAGAGACUGAAACAGAGACUGAAACUCGUCAAAACAAACAGAAUGCAACAGAAGAGACCGAGUCAUAUGCACAAACGACAACGGAGGGCAGAGGAGAAGGAGAGCAAGGAACAUGGUUCCCAGGAGAGAGGACGGAGUCAUAUUCAGAGACGAGGCAAGAUGAUCAGAGAGACAGUGAACUCCUUUCCCAAAAAUCCAGUGAGAUGAGAAAAGCGGAACUACACAAGGAAGAAACUGCCCCGUACAUAAAGUGGGCCAGAGAUGUAGUGACUGAAAUCCUUGGAUCUUCAGAGGACAACACUUUAGAAGGGAUGGGGUCACAGCAAAAGAGGGAGGUCCAUCCAGGGAUGCCUCAACACGCGGACACACAGACAAGCGACGAGAAAGGGUCACCGAUAUCUGCGCCUUGUCAGACAAAUUCAGGCACAGACACACUGGCGGACAGUGAGAAAGAUGAGCCGGUGUAUGCUCAGGUCCAGAAGAAAAGAGACAGACACCCUGAUGCACUGACAGGCAGUGAAACAGUGGGAGAUAUGCAGAUGCAGUCAGACAGUCAAGCAGGCCUCGACUCAACUACUAACAUGCGUAUACACAUACGUAUAGAGCCAGAGGUAGGGAGAAUUGGAGAAAUGGGUCCAGAGGGAGACACAGACACACAGGUAGACCCAGACAACUGGCUGUGUUCAUCAAAAGUAUCCCUCUCAAAGUCCAACAGUUGCCCCAGCCCAGUCAAAAGUCCCAGCGCAGUCCACCCUGAGCUCUCCAUUACCGGAGAGGGAGAGCAGGAGCGGGAGAGAUACGGAGGGGAGAUAGAGAGUAGCGCCAGUUUCCGAGAUCAGGGAAACGAGGCCCGGAUAAGGAGGCGGGGGUUCCGGAAGACGACUGAGAGGAGUAACGAAGAGGUGGAAGGAGCAGCAAGGGAUCGCAGGACAAGAGUGUUCAACUUGUCAGAGGAGGACGAUGAACUCAGCCACAGCUGGAGCGAGGUAGAGCUGAGGAAUGUAACAGAUUCAAUUCAGAGGAUGAAAAAAAGGAACUCCAAAUUCUUCAACUCUCAGCUGUACCAGCAAUACAGCGAAGUGGCACAGAACCGGGAGAUCCUCCGUCAGUCCCGGUCCGACACGCUUUCUGUCUGCGAAGAUCUCCCCGUCCUUUCGUCCACAUCUCCUGCGCCCUCGCCUCCACCUGCCCGUCGGCCUCUCCCCCCCCUCCCACCUGUCCCUCACCCCCACUCCCUCUCCCAUUCCAACUCCUUGUCCAGUACCAGCGCUCUGUCCCUCCCCGUCCCUCCUGUGCCACGGCCCCCAUCCCCCCGUCUGUCUGCCUCUCUCUCUCAGUCCCCCACACUCUGGCAGGACCUACCCGGGGUGAGGAACAGCCAAGAACUAAGUGAACUCAGUGAAGAUGAGAGACGUCUACAGGAGCUGAGGUUUGAGGUUGUGACCUCAGAAGCAUCUUACUGCCGUAGUUUGGACAUUGUGGUUGAACACUUCGUCAAGUCCAAAGAGUUGGGAGGGCUGCUGUCAACACAAGACAGGAACUGGCUCUUCUCAAGAUUAGGGGAUGUCCGGGCCAUCAGUCACAGUUUCCUGGGGAAGUUGGAGGAGAGGGUGGAGAACGACAUCAUGCACUUCACUGUCUGUGAUAUCAUCGCCCGUCACUGUCCUCGAUUCCGAUUGGUCUACGUGCCAUACCUCACUAACCAGUCAUACCAGGACAAGACAUACCAACGGCUCAUGGAUGAGUGCCCAGGGUUCCGCCGUGUGGUGGAGAAGCUGGAGCGAAAUCCAAUCUGCCAGAGACUGCCCCUCCGCUCUUUCCUUAUCCUGCCCUUCCAGAGGAUCACACGACUCAAACUUCUCGUGCAGAAUAUUGUCAAGAGAAUAACCCCAAACACAGAAGAGGAAGUGCAUGCCAUAAAAGCUCUCAAGUUGCUGGAGAAGCUGAUUCAGGAGGGUAACGACAGCAUCACUCAGAUGAAGAGUAUUGAGUCUUUGGUCUCCCUCAGUGCCAAGGUGGACUUUGAGUGCAAGACCCUGCCCCUUGUCAGCCAGUCUCGUAGGCUGGUACGAGAAGGAUCUGUGACAGAGUUACGUGACUUCGCCCUAAAAGAGACUGAGAGAACCCUCUACCUGCACCUCUUCAACGACUACCUGCUGCUCUCCCUCCGAAAAGAAGGGGGCAGAUUCACAGUGAUCGACCAUGCUCCUGUGUCGGAGGUUCGAGUUGAGAACUGCCGGGUCAAACUGCACUCCCUGCAGAAAAACCUCUUCCGUCUCCACCUCUCACACAAGGCUCUGCUCGUGCGGACAGACACACAAAGCGAUAAACUGCGCUGGAUUUCUGCUCUCUCACGCCCACAUCCAGAGAUAGAUUACACAACAGCGCAAGACAUUACUCAGGUCCAGUGCAUCAGGGCCUUUGUUGCCCAGCAACCAGAUGAGCUGACCUUGGAGAAAGCAGAUGUCCUUCUGGUACACCAGCAGAGCAGUGAUGGCUGGGUAGAAGGAACAAAACUGUCAGACAGGCAAAGAGGAUGGGCACCUGAGUCUCACCUGGAGAUCAUCGUCAGUGCAAAGGCCAGACAGCGCAACCUGCUGGACACUCAUAAAAUUACAAAAAUCAGUGCCACUUACUGAGGGAAUGGACUGCAAAGCACAUCAAAGGAAUGCUGCAGAACUUUCACCAGCUGGUGUCCUGAGCUCUUUCUUUACCAUAGAAUUCAGUAGUUAUUUUAUCUGAUGAAAAAUCCUUGUUGUUAUUUUACAGACACUGGAGAUGUAAGGAUGUUUAUUAAAACCUGCUGGAUAGCCCAUGUACAUAGAUUCUGAUUGAAAAACAGAUUUAGAGAAAAGAGUAUUAUAUUAUGAUUACUCACUGUCCUCUGAUAGGAGCAGUAUAUUGUCUUAACUCUUUUAUCAAAGAGAAAUUGAAGAUAUUUUUCAGGGGACAUGUUUUUAUUCUUAUUACUUCCUUAGGUCAGUGUAUUCUACUCACAAUGAAUAUAAAUGCAUAAGUGUACUUCCUUAAAAAAGCUACAAUUAUGACCCCUCAGCUACAGUAUGGCAAUAGAAAGUGUAGCAUGUGUAUAUAUUAUCUGCAAACAUACAUAUCAGUACGUGUCACUAUAUUGCACAAGGCUGUGAAAUGCAAUACAUCUGUAAUACAUGUAUAUAUUUAUGUCUAGAAGUAAUAGAGAACAAGAGAAAGUAUAUGCUGUUUUAUUUUGGACCUAUAUAUGAGAAGUCCUUUAAAUGUUUAUAUUGUCAAAUGAUAUAUUUAGGAAAAUAAAAGAUGCCUAUGUGCAUUAAUAUUUGAACAUUAAUGCACACUGUGUUAAACAGGAUUUGAUUUAUAUACCUUUAAAGUGUUAUUAAAAGAUUCUUAUUGCAGUCGGGAAAAAAUAUGCAAUAAACAUGGAAUAUACGAAACACACGAAUAUCUCACUGCUGACGCUUACCUAAAAAGACCAGUUGACUCUACCUUUAAAACCACAAACCACAUGUAAAUGUUUCAUCUUGUUUGUGCCACACAAUUUGCAUUGAAAAUGU